UGUCAAGUAAAGGAUUUAUUAUCUGAACAAGUGAGUACUAAGCAGGAAGAUUCGACAGAAGAGCUACACCAUACGUCACAGUCUGCUCAAGUUCCUACCAGAGAGGUUGUCGUGAAAGCCACGUUAAAACAGCUGGAAAAAAUUAAACAUUCCGAGCAAGAUGGAUGCCAACAAUCAUCAAGAAGGUUUGUCCUUUGUAAACCUACUGUACUGUACUGUACUGUACUGUACUGUACCCUGAGUUCUAGAGGCUUCAGUAGAACUGUGGUGCAAAAGGGAUAUGUACAGUAGAUGGAAAUUUCCAUCUGCAAAUCCCUUCACCAAUGAGUUAUAUAUCGAGUGAGAUGCCCGAAAUCCGGAUAUUUACCCAUACACUCUCUGUAGCUCAGUUGGUUGGGGCGCUCAUAGCCUACGGUGUAGACCCCAGCAGAAACACGUUUCGUGAGGGGUCUACGAAUACACGAAGAAAAGCUUGCCCGGCCUACGUCAUAUCCGUUUUACGUUUUGGGUAAAUUAACUUCAAUUUAUUCAAAUUUCCGAAGCAGUGAAGCGUGCGUAAAUGUAAAUUUUCAUUUGGAGCUUAUUAAAAUGUUCCAUGGCGGGCUUUGUGCAAUACAAAUGUGUUCUUUACUUCAAUAUCCCCGUCGAAUAAAAGCGAUAUUAAUUUCGUGGACAGCAAGGAGACUGUACGUAAGGAGUUAGACGACCUUCCUUUAACGGUUUAAUAUGUGAGCUAGAGCCUAGACAAUACUAUAACUAACGUGCACGAAACAGCAUUAAACGCUAUUGGUGUACCACUUAAAGUACAGCGAAAUGUCGUGAGGAAACUGGGAUUCGAGCCGACUUGCGAUAAAGCUUUUAUGUCGGCUACAUUUAUUGCACAAAGCCCGCCAUGGAACAUUUUAAUAAGCGCCAAAUGAAAAUUUACAUUUACGCACGCUUCACUGCUUCAGAAAUUUGAAUAAAUUGAAGUUAAUUUACCCAAAACGUAAAACGGAUAUGACGUAGGCCGGGCAAGCUUUUGUUCGUUUAUUCGUAGACCCCUCACGAAACGUGUUUCUGCUGGGGUCUACACCGUAGGCUAGGGCGCUCAGCGCUGCACCGGAAUUGCAGGGCUGCAGGUUUGAUUCCUGCCAGAGGGCCGAGAGUUUCAUUUUUCACAACUGCUCCUGGUUGCGUCUAAUAGAUGUACAAGAAUUGACGAUUCCCCUUAUUACGUUUUCGUAGCGCUUUGCAUUGUGGUUAUAGUGGUAUCACUGACAUUCAAGAUGGCUUAUUUUUUGUCCUGACCCGUGCAAGAACUUUUUAAAAAAGCUAGGGUCAGGUGCGCGAUAGCCAACAGCAAAAUAUUCACGAAAACAUUCAAUAUUUUCAUUCGAGGCCGCUAUCUUUAUAACCACAAUGCAAAGCGCUACGAAAACGUAAUAAAGGGAAUCAUCAAUUCCACUCGAGAUUUCCAUCCUUGUGGAUCCCUUCAACAAUUAGUGAUAUCGAGUAAGAUGCCCCAAAUCCUGAUAUUUACUGUAGUGCAAGUCGUUUUUCAUUUUACUAAAUUGCCUAAUAUAACUUACCCAUGAUCCUGUCGUUCUGACGCUUGCACACCACAUUACUGAAAUGAGAUUGAACCACGUUAUGACGUAACCAUUAUAAAACAAUGUAGGGCCAGGCACAGAGAGAGAAGGUUCGUAUACAACAUGCAUAUAUGAGAGAAUUUCAGAUUUGACUAUACCACUACCUCUCAAUGGCUUAGUACGCAUCUGAUUGGUUAAACGGAUAUGUCGAACGCAUCUGAUUGGUUAAUCGGAUAUAUCAAACGCAUCUGAUUGGUUAUUGUAAUGGUGAUAGUAGCGGUAGUGGAAGUCAAAUGCGAACCUCUCUAUUUUGCCCAUAUGGUUUAGAAGUUCAUGAAGAUGCGUAAGUUAAUCCUGAACUUAUUGCGAUCAAAGCACAAAGUUAGCAUCCUGUGCAUGGUAAAACAAUUUUAUUCGUUUUUUUGUAGGUUGGAGACAGAGUCAUCGAGUGUGUUUUCCACGCACCGGAGAUCAUUAUCUACCAGCUUUAUCCCAGAACAUCCGAGACUGAACUACAUGUCAAUGUCAGUUGACGAUACCUUUGAUGAAGUGACUUAUAUUGAUGAAGUGGCUUUGAAAUAUCUUUCUGAUGAAGAACUAAAACAAUUCAAAAGUGAACUCCGUCCGUCUACUGCUGCUGUCAAAAGAUCUUUCACUCGAACUGUUCGUUUUGGUAGUUUACCAAGUGACAACGAACGCAGGUCACUUUCAAGACGAAACUUACGCGAAGUCGAUUUCACGUGGAAUAAUUUAUCAUUUUGUACGAAAAAUUACCUGACCAAGUAUAAUCUUGUUGAGGGACAUGUUUCUUUCACUGGUGAAGGUGAUGGACAAGCAAGCACCCGGCACCAAAAAGAAAAUUCACCUGAAACUUCCAUUGAACCAUGCAAACCACCCUUCCCUUCACCUGCGCGUCAUUCUGAAGAGUCCAGUGAUAUUUUAGACAUUAAACGUCUUAAAAACUUACCAAAAUUAUUCUGA